AUGAUAAGAAACCAAGCGACCAUUUAUAUCCUUUGUCUAUUAGGCGUGCUGCUUCGCCAACGUGAAGCAGUCUGUCCGGUGGAUUUUUUGGACGCGGGAGGUGUGUGUUUACUUCGUGUAGCACGUGGGGUAACAUACUAUGAGGCGCAUCAAAUCUGUGAGCAGGAGGGUCAAAAACGCGGUCUACGACUAUUUAUACCCGGACGAAACGCACCAAAAAUGUGCUCGUAUUUCUCCAAUUUGAUCGUAUUCACUGGAUAUCAUGCUUUAUUGAAUCGCUCUGUGAAUCUUCGGGCCGGCUGGCGAGUUACCGAUCCGGGUUACGCCAGAUUUGUCACAACAGCCUCGGAUACUACUAUCCAGUGGUCAGGUGCAGAACCAAACAAUCAGUUGGAGGCAAUUUCCCAAUUUAGGUACCGCUUACAUAUUGAUGACACUCCUGAAGCCCGCAAUGCAACUGAUGUCAUUUGCGAAAUUUCCUCCCGUUCGCCCCAGGACGGUCUGGAACGAUUUGAGAAAAACUGGCCGUACCAGUUGAAUUCACUUUUUCUUCAAGACAGCUCCAUUGCUGGCAGCUUUCAAACCUAUGCCGCGCUGACUUUGUUCACAUGCGUUUUACGGUACGUCAGCAGAUAA